AUGGAUGUGGAUUUUGAAGACUUAUUUAAUUUAGAGGAAAAAUUCUACCAAGAAGGCUAUGCGGAAGCUCAAUCUGAAAACGUAAAACAUAAUUAUAUUGAAGGUAAACAAUAUGGCCUUCAAGUUGGAUUUCAACGGUUUGUUUUAUUAGGGCAGAUGCUAUCAAUAUGUGAUUUCAUUGAAUCAUUGAAAUUGAAUAAUAAACUGCUUGAUAAAAAUCUUUUAAUCGUUAAAAAUUUAAUUAAUGAAAUUCCAAUGAAUAAUAACGAAGAUAGUGUAGAAAUAUACGAAAAAAAUAUUGUGAAACUGAAAAAUAAGUUUAGAACUAUUAUAAUUACAUUCCAAAAAUGUUACAAUACCAAAGAAAAUUUAAAAAAUCAUGACAAGCUCAAUUUCAACUUUGAUGAUGUGGAAAAUCUAUCGAGACAAAUUGCAGGUGAAAUUAGAGGAUUUGUAGAAGAUGCAGAAACAUCUAAUGCUAAAAGUACCCAAGAUCAAGCUCAAGAUUGGUGA